UUCUCUUCCCCAGUUUCUACUGUUUUCUGGAAGCGCAGAUCGCCGGAAAAGGCAUCGGAGGUAGGCCAAACUCAGAUCAAUCGUCCGGAAUUCACGCUACACACUUUGCUAGAACAGCUACCGAUUCAGCUCUUCAGUCUCUCAGAACACAAGAUAUGUACAAUAAUAACGUUGGAAGCCAAGGUGGGGUUGGGGUUGGGAUUGGGGUUGGGGUUGGCCCUGGGAUGGGGCCAGCAGCCAAUCCCCAACCUAAUAAUCCUUUUGGGAAUGCGUUCUAUGGAGCUGGAUCAGGGCUGAUUCGAGGUGGGCUUGGUGCUUACGGGGAGAAAAUAUUAGGAUCCAGUUCUGAGUAUGUGCAAAGCAACAUAAGCAGGUACUUUUCUGAUCCCCAGUACUAUUUCCAAGUGAAUGACCACUAUGUGAGAAACAAAUUGAAGGUUGUUCUAUUCCCAUUUCUGCACAGGGGCCACUGGACGAGGAUAACUGAGCCAGUUGGUGGCAGGCUCUCCUAUAAACCCCCAAUCUAUGACAUAAAUGCUCCAGACUUGUACAUUCCAUUCAUGGCAUUUGGUACCUAUGUUAUUCUUGCUGGCUUAUCACUGGGUCUUCGUGGAAAGUUUAGUCCAGAAGCUCUAAACUGGCUUUUCAUCAAGGGAUUGGUUGGUUGGUGUUUGCAAGUCUCGCUGCUGAAAGUAUCGUUGCUUUCAUUGGGUAGUGGGGAGGCUCCCUUGCUAGACAUCGUGGCAUAUGCUGGUUAUACUUUCACAGGAAUGUGUUUGGCCGUCUUUGGAAGGAUUGCUUGGAGCUACUCAUAUUAUUUCUUGAUGCCCUGGGCAUGCUUAUGCAUGGGAAUAUUCUUGGUGAAGACAAUGAAAAGAGUUCUCUUUGCAGAGGUGAGAAGUUAUGAUUCAAGCAGGCAUCACUAUCUCUUGCUCUUCAUUGCUUUGGCUCAGCUCCCACUUUUCAUAUGGCUUGGCAACAUUAGCGUUCAUUGGCUCUUUUAAACUGCAUCUUUUGAUACUGUACUUAGAAACAAUUUCUAUGUUUAUAACAGUGUUAAAGUUGUAGGCAAUUUAUUUAUUUUGAUUACUUUCUUGGGUGAAUUGUUUUGAUUUAUGAUCUCAUUCAAGUGCAUGUUGUACA